UUUUUUUUGUUAUGUUUAACGUGUUGCAGCGCCGCAAGAUGUAUUAUUGCUCGUUGGUAUUCCUGUUAUCUUAUAUUUGUUGCGUGGUGCUGGCAUUCGACAGUGCGGCCCUGACAGAGGUGGACAAAACGGCCAGGAAACGGGCCUUCUGCGGCAGGAGAUUGACCACCAUUUUGGGACACUUUUGCCUGGAAUUCCCCGACAGGGAUAACGAUACACCAUCGAGAUCGAAAAGGCAAAUUGUCAAGGAAUGUUGCACCAACAAAUGCUCCCUAAAUUAUUUACUAGAAAAUUAUUGCCAAACUGUAAAUACGGAAGCUUUGGAAGCCUUCAAGCGGGAAGAUGACUCGCAGGAAUUAUUUUCCCAUAAACAGAUCACUGACAACAUAUCAACCACUCCCGGUACAUCGGAGAAAACUGGAAAGAAACUCAGGAAAAGGAGGAACUGCUCGUGCAGGAAACGUUUGAAAUUGAAGAAACUCCAACUGGAAAUAAAGUUUUGGAGAUCGCUGGUGAACGGGAAUUUCGCGAAGCAAGAGGCCCAAAUUGGCGAAAUCGAGUUCCAGCAGCACCCUUUUUACUUGACUUUUUGAAAUUGCACAAUCUCCGGAAUAGCAGAGAUAUAAUGAAAAUCAUCCGUUC